CACAAUUGCAGGAAUAGAAGACUCGUUGGAUCUAUCGAAGUUUUGCUUAUUCUAACAAGUUUGCUCAAGCAUGGUCAGGAUGUGGCUGAUAGUUUGUUUAGUCUUUCUUGGUGUUUGUUUUGACGGAGUUCGUUCAUCUUUGCCUCCUCCAUCUAAGGCUAGUGUUGGUGCCUACUUCACCAUGAAAGGAGCAGAAUAUGUGAACCUCAUUCUAGUCAAUAAGACCAAAUCCACAAUGGAAGGUCAAAAGGUCCCCCCUGUAAGCAUAAGCAAGUCUAUAUGGUGGAAUACUAUCCGCCUGUCUCUUGCAAAUUCCAAGAUCAGAUCUGUGUCCUUGGGAACUUCUUCAAUCCAGUUUCAAAAAGGCUUCAUAAAGGUGGUAAUACACAUAGACUCAGCUGAGGUUGCUGGUGAAUAUAAUUAUAAUGGAGGCAUACUCGGCAGUGGAAGAGGAACGUACGUCGUUAAAUUGAAGAAUGUUUGGAUCACCAAAUAUCUCUCCGUAGGUGUUAGGGCUGAUGGAAAACCAAUUUUGAUAAAUGGAAAAUGUUCAAACUGGAUAGAAGACACAUCUCCAGAAUUUACAGGUGGAUCAAGUUUUAUCAUCAACCUGCUUGUUUCUCUGGUGAAAAGCUCCGUUAACAAUGACGUCAGGAAAAAGAUCUGUACCUCGAUCAAUGAAGCUAUCCAAAAGAGAGAGAAAAUGUUAACAACGUUAUAUCCAGAAAGAUACAACGUCAGUCGUGUCCAGUGCGCACAAAUCAGAAUUCCAAUUUUGCAGCAGCCUUUGAUUCUUACAAGCUACAUUAAGGUCUUGGUGGAGGGAGGUAUUAACUCAAGUUGUUACCAACUCAAUAAUUCUUCCCGAGGAAGAGGAGUUCAUCAAAUCAAGUACAUCCCAAAUCCAUCCAAGAUGAUAAGUGCCGUGCUGUCUGAUCGAAUCAUCAACUCCAUGGCUGAUUUGUAUUACAAGGCUGGGCUCAUGAAGCUGGUUGAAAUCCAGUCUAAAGAUUUGUUAGAUCCACUACGAGUUGCUCUUCACGUGACCAGCCCACCACGGAUCAACACAACAGACAACAGUUCACUCGCUGUCUUCAAGAUGCAGGCAAAUUUGACUACCACGUCUGCAGUCGAUGAAACUUCUCAAACAUUCUUAGUGCCAGUGGAAAUGACUUGUGAUUUCUAUCUGGAGAAAGAAGAAAAGGAUAUCUCAGGAAAAGUAAAGAACCUCAGGUUCCAACUGUUCUUUACCAAAGAUAUUCCAGAGGAAAUCAAGUCCCUUGUUUUACCAGUUUUAAAAACCCACAACAGUCAAAUUACCAACAAUGUCAACGGAUUUUUCAACAAAUUGGUACCUCUUCCAAUGAUAUAUUACAUACACUUCACCAACAAGCAAUUUAUACGUAAAGAGGGUUACACGGUCUUCGAGUCAGAUGUUACAAUGUAAACAAGUGCGCCCACAGUGCUUCGAAAUUCAUCAAUUCAUUUUAUUUUCAUUUUGCUCUGAUUGGUCUGUAUGAUUGGACUUUUUCCAGUUCGUAAAAUAUCACUUGUGAUUACAGUCUAAUUACUCGGGGUUAAAAUCAUUUCAGUGUCAAAAUAUUUACCAAGUAUAGAAUACACAACUAUGAUAAUACGAACACUUUGAAAUUAAUUCCACGGACCUUCACUGGAACACAUGCUUAUUCUACACAGAAUUUAGAUUUCGUACAUGACUGUAACACGGUAUGGUACACAGCACGAAUACGGCAUGGAAGUGGCGAUAUAUGAACCAAUAACAGAACACCAAAUCACUAUUAUCCUAUUAAAAGGCAUAUGUUUGGAAAGCGUCACGGUCAAGGAACACGUCCAUACCAUCCGACAGUAGUACGAAAUCUCCUCUAAUUGUAUCUUGGAUGCAGUUUAAAUUUCGUCUUACCCUACUCCCCUGCAUCAACUAGCGCGCGCGCGCUCUUUCCGUUUGUUGUUUAGAUCACCAAAAACGAGAUCAAAAUAACAAACGAAAGCGGCGCUUGUUGAUGCACGGAACUAGGAGGGGGAGGCAUCGUUUAUCACUGAGAGUGUCGAUAAAGACAAUAGCAGAUAUCAGAGUUACACUCUAUUCGCUUUUGGGCGCCAGUUUCUAUAAUAUUCAUCGAAUAGACUUAUCCCAAAUUCGCUUGACUGACCACAAAACAAUGGUUUGAAAUCGGGACUAAACUUGAUUCUUUUAUUCAUCAAGUUCAACCUCGACUUGAAACCAUUGUUUCGUGACCAGUCAAGCGAAUUCGGGAAAGGUCUAUUGACCAAUGCUUCGAAUUGAUUUGAAACAUUUGUUCGGAAGUAAUAGAGUGUAAUAUCAUCCCCUAUUUCAUCAUUCUGGUAUACAAAUAAGCACCUUGUUUACUGUAUAUAGCAUUUGAAAUUUAGYCAAACCAAAUUCUAAACUUUAACUGUAUCAGACAAAUGGGGACUUAUUAGGGCAACUGUAGCAUUUUGAGACAAAAAAAUUCCAUCCGUACCAUACUUCAACAAAUAUUAUAUCAUAUUUAUUCAUAUUUUUUGUAUUAUUAUGUGAGCAUGUUUUGGGGUAUACAUCAAUUUACUAUCGGGUUAAAAUGAUUUCAAAUAUGA